AGUUUCUUUCACUUUUGAAACCAAAGAACGGGUUCCACUUUCCACUUUGCAGAUAUACCCAUUACCCAGAACAGCCCGCUCUUUUUUCAAAUCUAGAACUUAUUCCUCCGUUCUUAAAGCUUAUUAAAAGCUUCGAUAAUUCCCCUUUACUCUUCCGUUACAGCAGACGUUAUUGGAACCUCUAGCGGUUUCAAUCCUCUGCUUUACUCCCGAUACGUUGCCAUAGUCCUCCACUUCAAUCGGCGGUACAUUUGAAUCGAGUUGCGUUUUGAACUUACAGAUGGGUGUAAAGAACAAUCGUAAGAUCCAGAAAAGAGGGUCGUAGUCAAAUGUGAAAGGGGAGAGUUGUAGAGGAUAAUGAAUGGGGUCCGACACGUUUAUAUGCCUCGCAGGGUGCUUCUCAGAACACGUGGUUAGAAAGAAUAUUGUGUCGGAAUCCUCCAUUUUUAUAGCCUCCUGAAGGGAUUUGAUACCAAAAUCAGACUCUUGGCGAGCCCAAACGAGAGAAAAACAGAGAAGGGAAAGAGGGUUAUUGAGAUUGGCCGGUGGGUUUCGCCGGAAAGUCUGAAUGAUGAACCAGAAGUCGGAGGAAUGGCUACCCCCUGGCUGGACGGUGAAGGUCAAAGUGAGGAAGAGUGGCAAAAAGGAUAAGUAUUAUUAUGAACCCUCAAGUCAAAUGAGAUUCAAUUCUAGAGCAGAGGUGUUUAGAUAUCUCAAAACUGCUGCAAUCUGUUGUCCUGAAUCUGAAGAGAGCAGAACCUUCAAGCAAUCACAGAACAAUGUGGAAGUUAAGAAGACUUUAGCAAAAGGGUUACCUCCUGGAUGGAUCAGAGAAAUCAGAGAAACCAAGACUGCUAAUAGGAUAAGAAGAGAUUCAUUUUACAUUGAUCCUGUAAAUGGAAAUGUAUUUCGCUCAAUAAGGGAAGUACAUCGGUAUAUAACAAGUGGAACAGUGAGCCGAUUAGCGUAUAAAUCGAGGGAUCAGAGAGGCAUCAACGUUGAGUUUCAACAUGAUGAUAUCUCUUCGCCUGCUGUCUCCAAGAAAGAGAUGCAAGCGAUUGGCAAAGCAAGGAGACAGAUAAUAUGGAACGAGAACUUGUUGGAACCCCGUGAAAUAACGAACGAUGAAGCUAUUUUUCCGAAUGCUACGAGUGUCGGAGAAAGCAUGCCUCAUUCUGAACCUGAUUCGAGUCAUGUGACUGCUGCAGGAGAAAUAGGCACUGACGUGCAUUGUUCAACUCUACCAGAGCAAUCAGAUGGAAAGAAUGAUUUUUCUGAACUUGUGACGACUCCUAGUGAUGCGCCAACAAAGAAUGAGAGUAAAAAGAGACAAAGGAAAACUAAAGACGUGAACUUGACUCGCCGUGCUUCAAAACGACUUGCAGGGCUCCAAGCUGAGCCAGUGCUUGAAGUGAAAACAGGUCGCCGAGCACGCCCAGGUGCAUGUGAAGAGUCUGAUAAGCAAGCAGUCAGUAGUACAACUAAGUCAGUGUCUCAAGGUCUUGAGAAUCCUGAUGUCAAGCAUGAGACAAAGGGCAGCAUUGAUCCUACUAAAAGUAUUAACACAAACCCAGAUUCAAGUAGAAAAGAUGAUGUAAAACAAGACCCUAUUCUUAAAUUGCCAGUGGAGGACUUAUUGGCUGAUCCUUGCAUUGCAUUUGCAGUCAAAACUCUAACUGGAGGAGUUUUCGACGCGUCCAUAAGCUCAGAACUUUCACUGAUGCCAAACGAUAUUGAUCGUCCUUCAAAUGAGAGUAGAAGCCUAGGCCCUAAUGAGAAGUUGCCAUCUUCGGAACUUCCUGUUAAUCGAAUCGGGGUAGUCGAGAAGCUAGAAUCAACUUUGGAGUUGCCAGUAGGGGAAAUAUUGGCAGACCCUUGCAUAGAAUUUGCUAUUAAAACUCUAACAGGGGAAAUCCCUCUUGAUGACAGUCCAGAUAUUGAGGAUUAUUUUCACCAACUUAGCACCUCGAAAACGCAAGGAUCUAGUUCAAAUGCCUUGAAUUAUUUCGGUUUGGAUCACUUCUACAAGAUGAAUGUUCAAAGCCAGAAGCGGCAGGUUAUUCAAGCUCUGGAGGCAUCUCCAAAUAUUAACUUCCAAAGCUGUGGAACUGGUUUACACCAACAAGAAUGUAACAACUUUAUAAGAAUAAAGGAUGACAAAGCUUAGAUCAUUUGUAUGAAACAUGAUAGGCCAACAUUGCCUAUGAAAACAUUUUCAGGAUCAAACGCAUGUAAUUCUGUACUUGUUUGGUUGGGAAAUCUAAUGCUACCAAUUAGCCC